AUGCGUCUCUCCUCUGUUCUCAUCUUCGCUACCACCCUAGCUUUGGGUUCUGCGGGAAAGAUUAACAUGUCCUGUGACUUCGCGAAAGACAAAACUGGCAUGCUUCAAGAGCCCUACUGCUGUCGUGAUAUGACGUCCGCAAGAGGAAACCCCAAAGCCAACGAGGCUGAAGACUGCGUGAAACUCGAACAACCUCAGCUGUGCGAAGAUAAAUCUAGACCCGCAUGCUGCUACACUAUUGGCCCGAAGAAGAUCUGUACCUCGCACGCUGUUUUCCAAAAUGCGGAUGAUGUUUGA